AUGUCGUCGAGUGGGCUGAUUGACCAGGAUCAGCUGGAUGCACGACUGACAAGACUCAUUAUGGACCACAACCACUUCAGGACUCUCCUCUUUCGCUACAUUCGCCGCGCCGUCAUCCUCUGCCCGUGGCAGGUCGAUCAGGACUCGUCAUCCUUCUUCCGCCAGUUCGAACGAGUCGACAAGCUCACAGACCUGCUCCAGUACAUCCGCGACUACGCCCUCCAGUCCUUUCAGAACGUAGAACGAGCAGGAGAUGGCCUUCUCUCCCAAGUCGACGCCCUCCUCGCCCGACCCAUGCCCCCUCCAGCACCAGCAGGAUCGCCUCUUAACGGAGCCAUGUCACCCAACAAUAGAGGACCUAAGGGUCUUGUCGGCAUCAAUGGACACCCAGACCCCAACGGAGCCAACGGAGGACCUAUCGGCGUCAACGGCGCAAGUGCUGGCAUUGGCGCCCCCUUCAACAACAAUCGUGUGCUGUACCUCGCAGGAGAAGUCAAGGAAGCCAUCCGAUUCUGGAGGGAACAGUGUCUACGCGUACAGGUCAUGGACAACCUAGUCUGUGAGCUCGACCGCAUCUCCGACGCCCGGCAAAAGACCAUGAAGAGAGAAAACGCGACCAUCGAGGAAAAGAUUAGGGCAGUAAAGUCGUCGAGCGAGGAAUGCAGGAUUGUCGCGGACAAGGUCGAGCCAUGGUUGGAUGCCUGGCUUUCGAAACUCCAAGUGACGGAACGGCCCAGGGACGAACACAGCCAUCACAUUGGACACGGGCCAGGAUACGGGCAUCAUGGUGGAUCAGGAGGCACGCCUGCACAUCUGCACCACGGCAUGACCUACGACCACCGUUCACUCUCACAUCCAGGCCUUGGCUCUCCGGCCGCCGGCUACUCAAGUCAACAAUGGAGCCAGGGCUCCUAA